AUGGCCGCCAUCGCGUGCUGCGAUCUCGACCGGCUGCACUCGCUUCUCUCGGACGACACCUUCGAUCUGGAGGCGCCGUGGAGCGCGCCGCCCGGCGGCGUCCGCUACCGUGGUCCGCCGAUGCUCUUAGUUGGUGCAGAGCACUUGCGGGUGGAGGGCGUGCUGAACCCUGGAGAACCGUGGACGCCGCUGCUCCUCGCGUGUGACAAGGGGCACGCGUCGGUGGUGGAGGUGCUUCUGAGGCACGGCGUCGCGGCGACGUCACGGGAUGUGCUUGGCGUGGGCGGGCAGGGCGGCACGCUGCCGAUGCUGUUCUACGCGCUCAACUCUUCUGACAACGGCCAAUUCACGGACUGCGCCCUCGCGCUGCUGCGUGCGGGUGCCCAGCCCCUCCUCAACUACCAGAUCGGGAGCG